GCACUAGCCAAAUUAUUGUCAACCCAACAUCACGAACGAAAUGAACAGAAAGAAAGGAAAAGAAGAAGAGAACAUAGUCUUAUGAGCUGCCAGGAAUGGCAGAUCAUAACAUCAACAAAGAACAUUAGAUGAGAUCUAUGGACGGUAGGUAGUGAUGAUUGAGUUAUGUUUGGAUGACUAAAAUAUUGCUUUGACUGUUUCGUCCGAUAUAUCAACGAUAUAUCUUUACAUCAAACGAAUCGCUCGAAACAGUUAAUGAUGUCCUAGAUAAAGCCAAUAUGUACCAUCCAAACAUUAAACUGGUUCGAUAGAUUGGUCAAAACAUUUUAUUCCUUGAUGUUCUCGUCGAGAAUCGGAACGGUUGUUUGUUUACAUCUGUCUAUCAUAGAGAAGCUGCUGAACCACAUGUGUUACCGUUUCAAUCUGACCAUCCUCGUCAAACGUUCAGUAAUGUCAUUCAAGGAGCUCUCUUUCGAGUAGUUCGAUAUUCAUCAUCAAUCGAAAUCAAUUUUACGAAAGAUUCUCGGUUUCAUCUAUCUUUUCCCAUCUUGAUGUUGAUGAAUUCCUUCAUUUGCAUAAACAAUUACUUGAGCGAUGUACCAAUGCGGAGACAAAAGCUGUGAGAAGUAGUUCACAGAUGGCAAAUAAUGUGAAGAAGAAUGACAUUCAACGACUGACAGUUCAUUGCACACAUGAGAAGGCAUUGCGAUACUUCAAAAGGGGAUUUCAUCAGCUAUGGGAAGAGACUUUCUCGAAAACAACAGCUACAGAUAUUCGGGUCAUCGUUGGGACACUAAUUAAUCAAUCGCUAACAGCGCUUCUUGUUCGGAAAUGUCCCAAAAUGGCUGAAAAAUAUUGACAAUUCAUUCAAAUUAGCAAAGAUUUAAGAUUCACAAAAGUUAGAAUUAAUCUCAUCAUAUUUAUCCGAUAAAUCUCUUGAUUGGUUUUGUAACAAUAUGAAUGACAUUGACACCUGGACCAAAUUUAAAGAAGUAAUAACACAUAGAUACUUGUUAUCAUUAGCCUCAAAAAAACUUCGAAAUCGUGAACAAGGGUUACAAGAAUCAGUUAUAGAUUACUGUGAAGAUGUUAUCGAAUUAUGUGAAACUGUCGAUCCUGAUAUGACAGAUCAAUCAAACUUAAAUUAUUUAAUGCAAGGAUUAAAAUCAUCAUUGAAAAAAAGAAGUUCAACGAAAAAAACCAUUAAAUCCACAAGAAUUCAUACAAGCAGCUCGAACUGA